UGAUCCAUUUGACUGAUUGAUUCACCGCUGUCCGUAUGUACACAAAUGCAAUUAAGAGACUCACAGCCACACAGAAGUAAGAAGGCCUUAAAAACGCUUACGCACAUGUACAGUACACACCUAGUGUACACAUUCAUACGUCUACAUGUACGUACAUGUAUACGUUUACGUGUAUAACCUACUCACUGACGUACGUACGCAGACUGCGGCGUAUACACCGAUUGAUGGAUCACUCACUCACUCACUCACUCGGCUGCAAACAAACCUUUUCGGCGUCUCUCUUGUCGCGUCGCAUCCGUCGCAUUUUGCCAUAAAUGUCACUCAUCGAUAAAUACAUAUGGACUCAUCAAGACAGCACUCACUCACUCACUCACUCACCAAAAAUGUAUCUGACCUCGGAAUAGGGCUGCCGACACCUGACACACAUCGCACACACACACGGGGGCUGCCCAGUGUGUGCCGGUUGCCAGCCAUUGGAUUGCAUUGCGUACGUGUGUUCGGGGCAGAGUUUGUCUUCGGUCGGCAUGGGGGCCAUCCACUUCUCGAAACACUCCUGACACACAACCUGACAGACACACACAGACGACACACAGACCUGCACGUACAAACUCGCUGCCAUCUCUUCUUCGACUGACUUUAUGUCCGCAGGGCAGCAGGAUGAUGUCUGGCGGAUUCUCGAGACACAGCUGGCACUUGCUCACACUCGACCCAACACCACCACCACCACUGCUGCUGGACGAUGGCGCAGCACAGGGGCCAUUUGCCUGUGCCGAGCUGCUGCUGCCACUGACUGGUGGUGGUGGCGGUGGUGAGCCGUUGAUACCAUCCAUGGAGAGAGAGGGGGGCAUAGAGGGGGCGGCGGUGUGGGUGGGGACAGCUGCUGCUGUUGACGAUGAUGAUGAUGGCGAUGUGCGGUUGGGCUGCUGCUGGUGGCGUAGUUGUAUUUCUCUCUCGAUAGCCGCCUGGUGGAGCUGAGUGAGUCGGUGCUGCUCAGAGGCGAGGUCAUCCAGCAGCUGACGCACCGACGGCAGAUCGAGAGACGACACGUCACCCGCACUGACACGACUGCAACACACAUCAUGAGGGCGAGACGACGGGUGCACGGCUGCUGUCGGUGUGUGUGGUUGGUGACCUGUGUGGUGGUUGCGCCGAUGACAGCUGUUGUUUGAGCGUGAGUAUCUCCCGCCUCAGCGGCGCCUCCGCCUCGCGCAGCCGACGCAACUCGACGUCUUUCUCCUGCUCUACACGCGCUGACCUGCACACACACAUCAACACACACAUGUCAUCAGCAGCGUCUGACUCGUUGGUAUUCUCUCCCUCCCUCUCUCUCUGGUUGGCCGGCUGACCUGAGUCGUUCUUCCCUCAGCCGCUGCCUCAGUUGGUCCCUCUCGCGCGUCAUGUUGGCCAGGGCCCUCUCGGCCUCCCCGCGCACCUCAGUCUCUCGCUGCUCGAUGGCCAUCCGGUGCUGCGCCGACAGCUCCAAAAUGGCCGACCGGUGCUCGCCACGCAAAGCGUCCAGCUCCUCUCUGUGCUGCUUGGUGACGGUGUCGGUCUGUGUCUUGGCGGCCUUGUCGGCCUCCUGGCGCACCUGCUGGCUCACCCGACGCACACGGUCGUCAGCACUGCACACAGACAGACAGACAGACAGACAGGGAGGGAGGGAGGGAGUGUCUGUGUGUGGUCCUUUAGGUGUGCGUCGGUGCUUACGUCUUUUGUGUCUGUUUGAUUUGUUUGUCUUUGUCUUUGAGGAUAUCCUCGAGAGUGCUGCGCUGCGCGUCGGCCGCCUUUCUCUCCUUCUCAGCCAUUUUCUUCGACGCAGCCGACUCACUGGUCAACCUACACACACAUGUUCCCACACACGAGGGCGUACGGAUGGCAGUCAAUCAACUGCUUCUCUCCCCCUCUCUCUGGUCACCUUUUGACAUCGUCUUGGAGCCGUUUGAUGGUCCCGUUGAGUCCAUCCUUCUCCUUCGUGUGUCCGUCCUCGGCCGUCUUGAGUUUCUCGUGUGCGGCCGCCAGCUCCCUCUCUAGUCGGGCACACUUGUCUGUCAGUUUGUCGAUCUCGGCCUGCGACUCAUCGGGGUCGGGCUCGCCAGCAGUGGGAGUGGUCGACUCAUCCCUGACAGACACACACACAUAGGGUCAAGUGUGUGGCGUGGUUCGGAUCGUUGUCGCUCAGCUCACUGUGUGUGUGCGAUCGCCUUGGCUCUUGUGGGCGUGUCCGUGCGUGUGGCGGCAUCGGGAGGCGAUACUGAUACCGCCGAGCUGCAGGUGAUGUCCACAGUGUUUAGAGAAUGCAACUUGUGUGCGAUCGCCUCUCGUAUGACCUUACCUACGACAGCAGCACGCGACAUCAUCAUGACACUUGAUCGAUGCCUUUUCCUUCCCCUCCGGCUCACCUGUCGGUGUCGUGAGGGCCCCUAGUAGUGGCGGCCCCGAGUUCCUUCUGCAUGAGCUGCUGGCCUUUGCUGAGCUCACUGACGAAUGCCGUGUGCCACUGGGGCAGCCACUCGCCACGCACAUGCCGCAGCGGACCCAACGCAAACACCGCCGACGGAUCGCUGCACACACACAGAGAGCAUGACACUCGUAUCACCCACUGGUUGAGAUGCCCAGUGCCCAUUCCCUCUGUUGGUCACCUUUGCAGUGCUGUGCGGUGGUCCAUGAAGAACUUCUUGACGGCCCGCAGGAAAGUCUCCCGCGCCUGGGCCCCAUCGCACUCACUCGACUCGACACAGCCGAGACCACCGCUUUCCCCCUGCCCUCUGUUGUGCUGCAGGAAUGCCCUCACGAUCGCCAGGGUCUCACUCGAGGGCUGUUUGUCGCCCUCUGUGCCCGAUGUGACGGUGGCGAUGUCGGGGAAGGCCUCAUGGAUGGACUCGACCGUGACGGUUCGUGUGGUGCUCGGCGGGGUGGAUGGCUGGGUGGCCUUCGGCUUGGGCUUGGGAGUGGUGGGUGCCGGCUUGGGCUUGGGUUUGGUCUUGUCCUUGUCGGUGAAGAUGCCGCGGAAGAUGCUGCUGGUGGCCGGCGAGUUGCGGGAGGGAGUGCUGCUGCUCGAUACACUCUUCGGUUGGGGCGAGGGGACAGUCUGCGUGUCGGAAGGGAGCGACAGGAGGCUUGAGAAUGUGGCCAGCACAUCCACAGGGGUACGAUCAGGCCUGUUCACACACACAUAUGGACAAAAACACUUGACCCUGGUUGCGCGUCACUCACCUGGUCGGAUACGCCGACUCGACGCGAUCCAGCGCGCAUGGUCCGCACAUGAGCGACCCUGUGGCACUCUGCACACACAGGCCCGCCGGCGCCUCCCGAAUGUACCGCCUCUGCUUUUCGAUCAUGUCAUCGCCCAUCAGGUCGUCAUGGGUGAGCGUGUGCACCAGAGGAAUGGUAUCCACGAGCCCCUCUGAGCUGCCCGCACACGGCUUGCCGCACCGACAACAGGUCUGUGCCCGCGACUCCGCCCGCAAGACAUACACCAGCCCCCCUGUGCUGCGCGAUUCGGCCGAUCCCGUCGCCAGCAGGGCCAACACGGCGGCAGGUGGCCACUCUGUGAACGCCUUGGUGACGUACUCGUCCGCCAGGCGGAUCUUCCUCAUCUCGAUAGCCGAUGUCUCGGCAUGACUCACGCAUGCGACCCUCACCGCCGACUGGGCCCGGCUGGUCGUCAGCCGCUCCUUGUGCCGUACCGAGGGCGGCAGGCGCUGCAUGACCUGGGCAUCGAGGUAGAAGGCCAUGGGGAAGACGGCCCCCUUGCUGACCUCCCGCUCGGCCAGAUAAUGGGUGUAGUAGUCAUCCAGCGACUCGCACGCCAGCGGCUCAGCUGUGUCGGCCCACCAAUGCACACCGACAGCAUAAAUGCGCUCGACCUUCGAUUUGCAUCUCAGGACAGAUCGGGGGAUAUCGAAACUCAGCGGCAGAGUGGUGGUUAUCUUGACGCCCUCCAGUCUGCUGAUGCGCCCCUCCUGGUCGACGGCGAACCACUCGUUCGUCUCGAGGGCGGGGUUGGCCGCAGCGGGGUGACUCAGCAAGGGGUUGCGGUUGCUGACUGAGUCGUCCUUGAAGGGUCCGAAGGCGAAGGCACGCAGCGGCGAGAUUGUGCGGUCAGUUUCUGGAGCGCAGGCAAUCCAGAGUCCUCCCACGUUGCCGUCGGCUUGCGGGUAGACCAGCCGCUCGAAUGCCAUCUUCUCGCCCACGUACACGAUAUCCUCCGGAUAAGUACCGAGCACCGUCCUCUGCUCUUCCUCUGUCGGGCGGAGCAGGUAGGUGCCGUUGAGGCCGGUGUAGUCGCCGCUCACAGUGAAGCUGCCGUGCCGCCGACCGCCCGUGGGGGCCACGGUGCGGCACUGGUCGAAGUAACCGCGAAACGUCGCGUGCCACGCAGACUCCCCCUCUGUGCCGUCCUGCGUCGGCGACUUCGGGGGACCUUGGUCGAGACGGAAGAAAAACAGCAGAUCUAGAAGCGGGUCAGCGGCGACAGCGUCGAGAAGUGUCUGCAGAUGAGUCUCCAGGUAAGUGUUGUCGGGUGGCCCUUGCUGCGUCAGGGCGGCCACCACCAGACGGGCAAAGUCAUAGAAGUUGUCCCCUGCGGCGGGGAGGGGCGGGAGGGUGACGUCAGCUGUGUUCGAGGCGUCUUGCUCUUGCACGCGGCGGCGGAUGUCUUGCAUCGCCUUGACGAAAGCCACACCGUCGCCCUGACAGCACAGAGGCAGCCAGACAGCCAGAGAAGGAAAGACAGUCAGCCUAGCUCGCUGCACACACUCGUAUGCGUCGUGUCAGUGCAUGAAACGGACCUCCAUCUCCACGGCAAUGGCUUUAAGGACCAACACGAUGGUGUUCCACAAGUAGCGCGAGCAGAGUGUCUGAUGCUUCCCGUCGCCUGCGAUCAGCCCGGCCUCCUUGUGCAGACUGGCAGCCGCCUCCUCCAUGGGCCUGUUGCUGCCGGCCUUGGACAGGGCCUCAGACAGCUGAUCGAGCUGCACACACUCCAACACCUAAACACACGCACACACGUACGUCCAUGUGAUCUGAGUGGAAGCCAUCGCAGAUUUCACACACACGCCGACCUGGCGAACGACAAUGCGUCUGAGUCUGAAGAGAGGCCCGAAGGCAGUGUCCGUGAGUUUCUGGGCGAGCCCCUCGAAGACCGCUCGCAGGUCCACACCGCACUCCCAUGGACCCUCCCGUGCCAGCCGGUCCCCGACGUAGUGAGUGCUACCAAAGGCCGACCCGAUGCUCACAGAGCCACUGGCUCCCACAACUGCUGACGCGGCCUGGGGCGUCCCUGUGGAAUCCUCGUUCAUACCGACUGGGUCACCCCCUGCCGCUGGUGUCGAUGCCUGACAACGAGUGGUCUCAUCUUGGCCAGUAUGUUGCGGGGGCAUGCUUGGGGGCAUGGCUGUCGAUAUGUCUUUGGCAGGGACCGGGCCGGCCUCUGAUGCAGACGACGCUGCGGGGCCGGUGUCUGCUUGGCCCGUGUCCGGCUGCUGCCGCUGUGUGGCGAUGGGGUUGAGGGCGUGGCUGCAGAUGCGCUGGCGGCUGAGAUGCCCUGCUGGAUGCCAGAGGCGGACAUCGGGGACGCUGCGAACAGCAUCGUCGCGGAAGACGUAGCAAUGCCACUGAGGGUAGAGAACAGUGGAGAUCUCCGCUGAGCGGGUUACGUGUGUUGGGGUGUUUUCUUGCCUCGUGUUUGGACGAGUAGUCAGACCCGUGGCAUCACCUGCGCCACUAGCCUCGGCGCUCGACGCGUCAUCGUCCCUACACGCAUCAAGCAACACAUUUAUGAGUGAAAGACAGAUCAGCAGACCAGUGAAUGGCUGGCUGGCUGGCUCAUCUCUUCGUACCCUUCAGCACGUCCGGCGGCUUGAGCCCCGGCACCGGGCAAGGGCUUUGCCAUGCUCCGAAUCUUCCCAGUACAGCACUUGCUACAGAUUAGCCCGCUCGGUCCAAGAUGCGUCCACACUCCCUCCGUACUCAGGUAGGCCAAGUCUUGCUCAGCGGUCUCGGCUGACAGCACAUGCACCAGGGGCAUAUCGCCGGCUGGUCUGCCCACAUCCGGCUGGGCACUACACCCACCCGUGCAGGUGGUACUGCUCGUGAGCUCUGACCGCACCACAGCAACCGGCCCGCCUUUGAACGGCUCACCGACUAGCCCGCCAUUACCCAGCAGCAGCGCCAAUGCAUUGAAGGGCCACUGAGUGAAGCGCCUCGACGCCCAAUCGUCCGACAGACGCAUCAAGCCCCAGCGACGGACGUUUGCCUCCCCAUCGCGCACCAGCAGGGGUCGCUUGCUGACGGGGACAGGCUGAGAUGUCGGCAAGUCAGCGAAGAGGGGCUCAGGGUUGUGUGCGGUAGGCGGAAGGUUUUCCAUGACCGUAGGGGACACGUAGUAAGCUACGGGCAGUGCGUCUGACCCUUCGGCGAGGGAGCCGACAUAAUCGCUGAUGGCCGUGAAGCCCAUGGGCGCAGAGGAACACGGAAACAUAGCCCAAACGAGCUCGAGUGUUGUCGGGUCGAAUCUUGAGCGGCAGUUGCAAAAGUCGAGUGGGAGGGCGGCGGUAAUUUGGAAGGGACCGAUUUUCACGAGCUGAGCUCUGUCGUCAACAGUGUACCACUGGUCCGUCUCGAAAGCGGGAGAUGAAACAGCCGGGUGCGCUGCGACCGACGCCAAUGGUAUGUCGCUGCGUCCGGGACCGAUAGCAAGCAGCCGAGGGGUCAACCUCGCCUCUGUUGCUGGCUCAUAGGCCACCCACACGCCUCUCGUGUGGUCCGCGGUCGUCGUCUCAUCGGUCGGGCACAGCAGCCGCUCGAAGACCACCCUCUCGCCCACAUAGGCGAGAGCACCAUCCGGCGGCGCCACAAGCCUCGCCUGCUCCUCGGCUGUGGGGCGGAUGACAUAGCUGCCGUUGAGGACCGCGAGUGAGCCAGAGGCACCGCUCACGGUGAAGGACCCAGCACGCUUGUGGCCCUCACCCUCUCCCAGUGCACAGUCAGCCGCCACAUACUCGUCGACGGACAUGUCCCACGUGUAGGAGCCUCUUGUGUCGAUCCGCCCCUUGUCGAGUCGGAAGAGCUCCAGCAGCCGCAUAAGGCCGUCAGGAGGGAGCAAGCGGGCCUCGGAUAAUCGGUGGUGGGGCGACGGGGAGUGCUGUAGCACCAGCUGGACGGGGUCGAUGGCCGGGGGGAAGAUGGGCAGCCAGGUGGCGGUGGUGGAUGAUGGUCUCGUCGGCUGAGUCGAUAGUUCGGUGGCCCACAUCGACCUGAUGGCCUGGGCGAAGGAGGAACAGCCACCCUGAUCGACACGACAACAUGGCAAUGCACAUGUGAAGUUUCGCUCUUUGCCGCCUCGCCCAUCGCUCACCUCCAGCUGGUCGGCGAUGUCCUCGAUGAGGGUCACGAGAAACGUCCACAUCUUGACCGACAGCACCCUCUGCAGAUGCGCCUCAGACGCCAGCUGCUCAGCCGCCGCACGCACGGCCCUCACACACACGUCGAGCUUCCCGUUCCUCCCCGCCUCCCGCAGUGUGGCAGGAUCGAUGGCUUCGUAGACGCGAUCACAGAGAGUCCACCUCAGCUGGUAAGAUGGGAUGAAGCCACAGGUGUCUGCCAGCACUGCGCGCACGCCGCUGAAGAUGGCUUCGAUGCUGAGGGGGCAAGUGGCAUCAGAUGACUUGAGGAGGCUGCUGGUGCGAGGCGCAUCUGCAAGGAGGCCACCGAGAAGCGGGACAUCCUUGUCAGGCUGCAACGACUUGAUCGCGGCGUCCGCGCGGGUCUCCACAGGUGGUUUGUCUGCCGCAAUCGGUGGAGCUGCCUCAUCAGCCUCACGACCAUCCUGACUCGCAUCAAGGGCAGCACCACGCUUCUUGGCCUGACGCACACACACACACACACGCAAGCAGACAAGCAUACUGGCUCAUGGCGGAUGAGUGUUUGUGCCUUCUCGUGUGUGGGCGUACCUUUUUGGCCCUUUUUCUCUGUGCUUUCGAUGUGGACUGCACUGCGGCCGUGUCCAUCACACCGCUCUGCGCAGAUGCCGAUGAAGCGGCAGGGACGUCUUCGGCGCCUUCCAUUCACACAGGCGGGACAAGCAGCAGAGCCGCCUCGCUCUCGGCUGCAACAGAGACCACAAGCAGCGCCUCGGAGGGUCAUGGUGUGAUCUGUGACAGUAGCGGUGUGUGGCCUCACCUGCUGAUGUUAUUGUCGCAGGCAGUGCGACUUUUGAGUGAAGGGCCGCACGUGUGAAGCCACACGUAAGGCGCAGAUCCAAGUGAG